AUGGCUGACGAAGUAUCACCGCCCUCGGCGACCGAAGUUGCAUCAAUCGCAACACCCAUCAACCUGAUUCUCAUCACACUGUUUAUGGUGCUGCUCUACUAUCGUCUCACACCCAAAACUGCAGCCGCCCUGCCGUCCCCGCCAGCACCAACUGUCUUCAAGACCUUCACCCCACCCGACCUUGAGCCCUACAAUGGCCGCAACAACAUGCCCGUCUACCUUGCAGUCCGCGGCAGAGUGUUUGAUGUGACGUCUGGACGCAACUUUUACGGUCCAGGAGGCCCUUAUGCCAACUUCGCCGGACGCGACGCGAGUAGAGGCCUGGCUUGUGGCAGCUUUGACGAAGAUAUGUUGACCAAGGACCUGAACGGUCCUCUGGAUACUCUGUCAGACCUGGGCGAGGAAGAGAUGGAGGCUCUGAGAGGAUGGGAGGAGAGAUUCUCCGAGAAAUAUCUGGUCGUUGGAAAACUUGUGCCUGUGGGCAGUGAGGAAGUCCAAGAGGCUACUCAGGCCGAGAAGCUGUAG